CCCGUGGCGCAGGAACUGCUCCGGGCGGGCCGUCUGGGCCAGGCGAACUUAAGUGGUUCCGGGCCUGAGCCUCGGAACCCACCUCUGAGUGGCGCGGGGCGGGGAGCUGUCCUCAGAGCGGUGGCGGGACCGGCGGCGACUUGCGGUAGAGCCCCGGGAGGAGGGAGCGGCCUCCACGAAGCCAAGCCCUCCGAGAAAGAAGAACCUUCUAUUGGUUUUGUUCCAGACCAGACUGGGCCUCAGUUGUCAAAGAUGGUGCUGGUGGUGUGUCCAACACAGGAGCCAAAUUGUUCCUAGAUCAGAAUGAUGACAGUAGAUCUGAAGGUGGGUAAGUACUUGAACCCUCAGAUCAGGGCUCUGUGGGAGACCAAGGGACCUGUGACAGAGAGCUCCAGUCAGCAUAAGAAAUAUGCCCCCCAAACGGACGGUCUCAGUCCCGAGAGGUCUCACCAGCACUUCUAGAGCUUCCUCUGUCAUGAUGCAGCUGGACCCAGGGAGGCUGUUGACCAGCUUCAGAAAUUAAGCCCAUGGUGGCUGAGGCCAGAGAUUCAGUCAGAAGCGCAGAUCUUGGAACUUGUGGUCCUAGAGCAGUUCCUGACCAUUCUGCCCAGGGACACCCAGACCCGCAUAAAGAAGCACCAUCUACAGAGCAUCGAGGAGGCUGUGGUCCUGGUAGAACACUUGCAGAGGGAAUCUGGUCAAAUGAGGAAUGGAGUUGCAGACCAUGAGCUGGGAAAGGAGGCAGUGCUCUUGGGAGAAACAGCAGAGGCCCUAGGCUUCAAGCUGAAGCCAGCAGAGGCCCAGCAAGUGGGCAUGUCCCAGGAUGAAGAAUUUUGGAAUACACACCAGAGUCUACAAGAGCUGCUGAUCAGGAAUACCCACAAAGAAACUGAGCCCGUAUGCGAGAGGGCGGUGCCUGCUCACCGGAUCCUAGCCUUUCCUGAACAGACAAACACCAAAGACUGGCCAGUGGCACCUGAGCUCAUCUUGCCUGAGUCCCAGAGCUUGUUGACAUUUGAAGAAGUGGCCAUAUAUUUUUCCCAGGAAGAAUGGGAGUUACUGGAUCCUACUCAGAAGGCCCUCUACCAUGAUGUAAUGCAAGAAAACUAUGAGACUGUCAUCUCUCUAGCAUUAUUUGUGCUCCCCAAAACUGAAGUGAUCUGCUUAGAGCAAGGGGAAGAGCCAUGGGUUCAAGGAUCCCCAGUGUUCAAAGACAGUCCCGGAGAGCUGUUUUCAGAAAACAACUCUAAAACCUGGAUAGAAUGUAUGGAGCAGCUAUUUGAGAACGUCAAAGCAUUAAUAGCAGUUGGUGAUUUGGAGAAGAACACCAGAGUUCAAAGUACCACUGAACUGAUGAAGCCGAGCCGAGGACGAGCAGCAGGACUGCAAGGAGGCUGGAGCUGAUGAUGGUGAAAGC